AGUAUGCAGCCCCUCUCGGCUCAGUCUGAGGGGUUGCCAGGGUGCCGGCCAUGGCCUCCAUGUUCCUGGACGGGAUGAUGAGCCAGAUUGGCAUCUCCACCCAGGGCUCGCUGGACGCGCUGCGGCGGCAGCUUGGGCCGGGUGUGGACCCCUUGUACGACUAUGACAAGAGGGACUCUAGGCCUCGAUUGCCCAAGGCAGAGGAGGCCAAGGAGGGCACCGGGAGCAUCGACCAGCUCCGGCGGACUUUGAGGGAGGUGGUGGGUGUGGCCACAGAUGAGACGGAGCAGGCCGAGGAGCAGGCUCCGGAGGAGUGGAAGCUCUCACCGGCCCAGAUCCGGGCGAUGCGGGAAUCCAAGAGGCCCAUGUCAUCCUUUGUGUCCACCACCCGGGACCAUGUGAACUCCCUGGCCAUCGAGAACCGCUUCCGGGCGCCGCCCCCGGGCUCCUACCGACCCACCGCCCAUCUCUGCGAGCCCCGCGUGAAGACCCCGGUCUUCCGGCCCCGCGAUGCCACCCACAGCCGGAAGCUGAAGAUGCUGGACAGAGAGGUGACGAAGCUCAAGGAGAGCGGCAGGCCCUACGAGCACUUGCUGCUGGGCUGCAGCAGCGUGGAGCUUUUGGAUGCGGCGCCCGAGAGGAUGCGGAGAUGUGUCACCUCGCCCAGCCUGGAUCGAUACACGGCAAGGCCGGACAUGGUGAAGCUGGCGAACAUCCACUUUCACGACAGCCAAUUCACGGACCACGUCUUGGACGGCGACAUCAGUACCUCCAUGAUCCUUCGCAACCCCAGCUGGGAUUUCGCGAAGCUGUCCGCGGCGCAAAGGAAAGACCGGGAGACCUACUUCCAGCCUGGGCAGUACAAGCCGAAUCUCGAUGCGGUGAGACCGAAGCUGGAGACGAAGAACAUCCCCUUCCACAAGUUCCCGGCCCGGAAGCCUCUGAAGGAGAGCGUCGGCCGCUUUGAACUGGAUGGCAGAGAGGGAGAUCAUCUCCCUGAUAGGUCGCUGGCAAGAAACUGCCCCUUACUGCAGCCGAGGCUUCAUAGUCCGAACAUGUCGAAGGACUCGGAACGCCCGCAGAUGGGGAAGGUGAAGCAGUGGCACAACACCGAGGACCCGGAGGUGGACAAGGCGGUGCAUGAUUACGCCAUGACCUUCAACAUCAUGGAGUAUGAGAAGGCGCGGUGGAAGCCCAAAACGCCCCAAGACUUCAAGAAGGACCUCACCAGGCAACAGCACCUGCGGAUGAUGCGGACCUAUGGUCAGGAUGCCAAUUUGGUGCGGGCCAAGAGCAACCUCACGGACGGCCCCGUGAGUGUCGAGCUGCUGUCGGACCUUGACAGCAGCGAGAUGCUGCAUCCGAAGGUGUGGUCCCCGAGGUUCGACAUGAUGGCCACUCGGGAACCAGAACGGAAAUAUGCGGAGGCCCCGGCGCGCCUCAAAGAGGCCAAGGCCAAGUUCAAGCGGGAGCUCCGCGCCGGGGAGUCCUGGACGGACACGGGAGGCCUCUCUCCCUUGGCGGGCGUUAUCUCCGAGCUCCGCUCCGCACGCAGCUAUGAGGCGCUUGGCUGCGACCUCAGGCAAUGAGUGAGGCGAGACCAUGUGAAUUGAGAUCGACGGCACGGCGAGGCAACUUGAUUGCCCAUUCGUUGAUUCUGAUGGCCUUUGUCAUCACCGGAUGUCACCGGCUAACUCAGUGUGCCCAUUUGCACA